AAAUUGAUAUUUUAGGUGUGACAUGCCAAAACGCAAGCGACUGUCUGAUGGGGAGGAAGGGGAAUCUACUGUUGCUACUCCAGUUGUAGAAGGGAGACCCAAGAGACGUCGAAAUGAUACAACACUGGUUGAUACAAUACAGUAUAUUUUUGAUGCAUUACGUAACAAAAAGAAAGACGAUGAUGUAUACCUAUGUGAAGCAUUUCUUCGAGUGCCAAGGAAGAAAACAGAACCACAGUAUUAUGAAAUGAUUAGGUCUCCAAUAGACAUGCUGAAGAUCCAACAAAAGAUAAAGACAGAUGUGUACAAUGAACUUGAGGAAUUUUGUAAAGAUGUCCAACUACUGGUGGAUA